AUGUGGGGAGCUGAUGAGUACCUCAAGAAGCAGCAAGAAACAGUUAUGAGGAAAAUCGCAUCCAUAUCCAAGAAAACUCUGAUUAAGAAAAAAAUCAGUGAAUGCAAAAAAGUGGAAAAAAGAAUUCCUCUAAGCCCAGACAUUGGUACUUCGAGACAAAGCUUCUAUGACUAUGACUUACUUGAUAAGGAUUUUGAACAUAAUUUAGAUUUACUUGAUUUUGAGAACGUCUGUGUGAGAGAGAAAACUGAUGAAUAUGAUAAGUAUGACAAACCAUUUUACCAUUUCGUUUCUCAUGUUCUAACUCCUUUUAAAUGUAGUCAGUGUGGACAAGAAUUCAGUCAUAAAUUUGACCUUAUUAGACAUGAGAGAAUUCAUGCUGGAGAGAAGCCCUAUCAGUGUAAGGAAUGUGGAAAAGCUUUCAGCAGGAAAGAAAAUCUUAUUACACAUCAAAAAAUUCAUACUGGGGAAAAGCCUUAUCAGUGUAAUGAAUGUGGAAAGGCUUUCAUUCAAAUGUCAAACCUUAUUAGACACCAAAGAAUUCACACUGGGGAAAAACCUUAUGCAUGUAAGGAUUGUUGGAAAGCCUUUAGUCAGAAAUCAAAUCUGCUUGAACAUAAGAGAAUUCAUACUGGAGAAAAGCCCUAUGAAUGUAAGGAAUGUGGGAAAUCCUUCAGCCAGAAGCAAAACCUUAUUGAACAUGAGAAAAUUCACACUGGGGAGAAACCUUAUGCAUGUAGUGAAUGUGGUAGAGCUUUUUCUCGAAUGUCAUCUGUUACUCUGCACAUGAGAAGUCACACAGGGGAAAAACCCUAUAAAUGCAAUAAAUGUGGAAAAGCUUUCUCUCAAUGCUCAGUAUUUAUUAUACAUAUGAGAAGUCAUACAGCUGAGAAACCCUAUGAAUGUAAUGAAUGUGGAAAAGCUUUUAGUCGGAAAGAAAAUCUCAUCACACAUCAGAAAAUUCACACUGGAGAGAAACCUUAUGAAUGUAGUGAAUGUGGGAAAGCAUUUAUUCAGAUGUCAAACCUCAUUCGACAUCAGAGAAUUCAUACUGGUGAAAAACCCUAUGCAUGUACAGUGUGUGGGAAAACUUUUAGUCAGAAAUCAAAUCUUACUGAACAUGAGAAAAUUCAUACUGGGGAGAAACCAUAUAAUUGUAAUCAAUGUGGAAAAGCUUUCAGUCAGAGACAAAAUCUUCUUGAGCAUGAGAAAAUUCAUACUGGAGAGAAACCAUAUAAAUGUAAAGAAUGUGGUAAGGCCUUCUCUCGAAUCUCAUCCCUUACUCUUCAUGUAAGAAGCCAUACAGGGGAGAAACCCUAUGAAUGUAAUAAAUGUGGGAAAGCCUUCUCUCAGUGCUCAUUACUUAUUAUACAUAUGAGAAGUCAUACUGGUGAAAAACCCUUUGAAUGUAAUGAAUGUGGGAAAGCAUUCUCUCAAAGAGCAUCGCUUUCUAUACAUAAGAGAAGUCAUACAG